AUGUCUCUCCAACAAAUCCCCCAUAUCAUCCUCGUCCUCUCCGGCAAAGGCGGCGUGGGGAAAUCCAGUGUCACGACGCAGCUUGCUCUGACACUGUCUUUACAAGGCCAUUCGGUUGGGAUCCUCGACGUCGAUCUCACCGGUCCCUCCAUCCCACGCUUUCUAGGUGUCGAGUCCGCAAAGAUCACACAGUCGGCCGGCGGGCUAUUACCAGUUACCGUCCACGAAGCAAAACCGGCGCAACCUACUGUACCUACCUCUUCCGAUAACCCCUCCACCACCCCAUCUUCAAACAUCAGCUAUGCCCGUCUCUCCGCCAUCUCCCUCGGCCUCGUCCUCUCCAGUCGCUCCACCGCCGUCAUCUGGCGCGGUCCGAAAAAGACGGCCAUGGUCCGCCAAUUCCUCACCUCGACCGUUUGGCCGUCCGACACCGAGUACCUUCUGAUCGACACCCCCCCCGGAACGUCCGAUGAGCACAUCUCGCUUCUUGAAACGCUGCUGAAGGAAACUGCUGCGACCCCCGCUCAGCUAUCCGGAGCGGUGGUGGUCACUACCCCGCAGGCGGUCGCGAUCUCGGACGUCAAGAAGGAGCUGGAUUUUUGCCGGAAGACGGGGCUGCGGGUGUUGGGAGUGGUAGAAAACAUGGCGGGGUUCGUGUGUCCGCAUUGCAGUGAGUGUACGAAUGUGUUUAGCAAAGGGGGGGGCGAAAUCAUGGCGAGGGAGGCGGUGGUGCCAUUCUUGGGGAGCGUUCCUAUCGAUCCGGCAUUUGUGGCUUUGAUUGAGGAGGGGAAGAGGCCGGUGUAUCCGAAGGGAACGGUUGUGGGUGGCACGGAAGCACAAGAAGCGGAGGGGAAUGGGGAGGAUGCAGGGACGAGGGAUGAUGGGUUGCUGGUUGAAAAGUACACGAGUUGUUCAAUAUAUCCUCUGUUUGAGGGAAUGGUGAACAGUAUAUUGAAGGAUAUAGAGGAGCGGGAUAGGAAUGGGGGGACUUGA